AUGGGUCUCGGAACGUCUCGAAGUCGCGAUACGGUAGACGAGUUCGAUACGCUCACAAUUUGGGGAGGCGACAUCGACGAGGCGAUUUGUGGACGCGGCAAAAUUUGCUCGGAUGAGUGGACGCCGAUUAGCUCGACGGCGGGCACACCGCGCCGAAUGUCGGCGAUCACCGUGCAACCGCUUCCCGUCGCCAACAAUCCGCCGAGGAUGCUCGAGGAACCGUUGAACAUUCUCACCAUUGAGCACGCGCCUGUUGAGGUGAGAGAGUGGCGAAGUGAGGAGGGUGUAGAGAAAAAGAGGCGAAAAAUGAGGAAGGUUGAUCAUCGGCGAAGCGCUUCGAAAAAAGUUGUACCACCGUUAAGGAUUCGAAGAAUCACUGUCUACCCGGCCAUACCGCCACCGACUAAAGGAUUCGUGAUGUUCCGGAGAACGAUGGUCCCGAAGGAAAAGGGACCACGACGACUUCGUGCGGUUCCUCCGCGCCAUCUCAAAGGGCUCAAUGUGACACCGCCACGUCCGUUUCGCUACAAGCGCACUGUUUUGAGAAUUCUUUAA